CAAUGCAUAGCAAAGUUAAAAUUGGAAAAAGAUAAAAAGGUGAAUGUUUCAUCUCAGCUUGUUUAUGUUUAGUUUAAAUUUUCAUUGUCUUUCCAAGAUCACAUUAGAGAACAGAAAGGCAAAGCUGGGGUGUGGCCAUUUGGGACAGUGGCCCUGUGUGACAGUGGCCCUGUGUGAUGCUGUGGCCAUAAUAAGCAGAGGCCACUGGGAUGGUGCCCUGCCCAGACAGUGUAUUUAAGAAGGUAUUUUUCCUGGGGUGCCCAGUCCUAGGAGAGCAGCUCUUUCCCGAGGCAGCAGCUCUCCAGGGUGAAUGUGACAGGUGUGUAGCAGAAGACACCACAGGUCAGCAUGGAGGAAGAGUGGCCAGCAGCAGAGCUGGCCCAGGCCCCGUAUCUGUAUCAGCUUCCCCAAGCAGGCGUGCAGACGUAGGGAAAAGGUCACCAGCAGGAAUAAGUGUCACAGCAGGAGCAAGCAGGGCUGUCAGUGCACAUUGAGUGCCACCAAAGCCCUUUGUGGCACGGGCCUGUUUUGAAGGAGGUUAUGAUGUCCUUCAAGAGGAGGCCUUCAGAGGAGCCGGACAGGAGCUUCUGGGCCCACGGCUCGCGACAGCAGCAGGAUGGCCUGGAGAACAGAGAGCCACGGAGCCGAGGACAGGGUUCCUCGCUGAGGCGCUCUAGGGCUCUCAGUGACACACCUGGGCAGGACAGCAAACGCUCCCUGCCUGCUCCCAAGGAGGGUCUCAGCUGCCCGACAGAUGGUGUACCUUUAUUCCUGGAGCACAAUGUCUGCAUCUGGACUGAGGUGGUUAAGAAGGCUGUGCUUACAGUCCAGAGACCUUUCCAAUACCCAGAAGAACCACAGGAGCAGGAAGGAAGCAUGGAUGAGAUGCGGGCAGCAGUGACAGAGAGCCCGGCACAUGUGCUGUCCAGUCCCACAGUCUGUGACCCUCCUCUGCUGGACAUGAAAGAAUUAUUAUAUGAAUGGAUCCGUCCUUCUGGAGCCGGUGUUGAUCUUCGGGGGGUGAGGGGUAGGGAGGGGAAGAAGGGAGAGAAAGAAGGGGGCCGGCAGCGAAGCAGCAGAGCAGCAAAGCCGGGGGGCAAGCAGCAAGCAGCAGCGAGCAGCCAGCGGCAAAAGCAGCCGCAGCAGGGAGGAGGGGCCGGAGCCACCACGGCAGCAGAUAGCGGGGGCAGGGAGAGUAGCUAG